AUGGAUCUGCUUUCGACAGUCGCAUAUCUUGUAUAUCUUGUCUACUUGGUGGCUGCGUUGGGCAAAGCUAUUCUUGCUGCCAUCUACGGUCUCCAAGCAUUGGUCUUCAUCAUGAGACGUAAAUGGGAUAUGAUCGGAUGGAUGAUAUUCUACAUCUUUGCCAUUCCUGCAUUUUCUUUCUUCCUCCCGCUGUAUUCGUUCUGGAAGAUGGACGAUUUCUCUUGGGGUCAAACGCGUGUUGUCUUGGGAGAAUCUGGGAAGAAGAUGAUUGUUCACGAUGAAGGCAAAUUUGAUCCUAGGUCUAUUCCUUUGAAAUCAUGGUCCGACUAUGAAAAUGAACUCUGGGACAAAGAGUCUAACCAUAGCAUCGGUUCUUGGGUACCUCCCGUCAAGACCAAGAAUGAAGGAUACGCCGAAUCACGAACAGCUUCCCUCUAUGGACGCGAAACCUACUAUGAACCUCGGAGCUUCUCGCCUGCUCCUUCACAACGUGGAAUGUAUCCUCCUCCAGGCUAUCAUUCCGGUCGGAAUACACCUCAGUCACCUUUCCACACCGGCUUAGAAACUGGACUUAUUCAACCGACACCCUCUAGGCCAAUCACUAAUUAUUUGGAUAUACCCAUUCCAAACACGCAAAGCCCUGAAGAUGUGGACCUUCUUGGGAGUGGACCAUCGGAUGCCGACAUUGAGCGUGCCGUGCAAGAGGUGUUGCGUUCAGCAGAUCUGAAUACUGUCACCAAACGUGAAAUCCGCAGGCAGCUUGAAGAAUAUUUCGGUAUAGAUUUAACGUCGCGCAAGGCUGUCAUCAACGCUUCUAUCGAUCGGAUCCUCCUCAAUCAAAAUUAA